AUGAAAGAUUAUCAGGCCGAUUUUGGGGUCAUUGUAGCGACCUGCUAUCGUCAGCCUUUAAUUAAACCUUAUCCACAAAAAAAUAUUUUUUUCACCGAUAGUGAAAAUUUUGCUUUUGCCGGGCAAGUGGCUCAAGACUUUGGAGUUCGCUUGUUUAGUGUUCCUGAAGAACCUGAAAAUAAAAAAUCUUUGGCCGAGAAAAGGAGAGGAUUUCGCAGCCAGAGAAGACUGUUAAAUCGUUGGCAUUGCCGGAGAGAAGAUUUAAAAAAAUUUUUUGGAAAGAUUUUUGGAAGUGAUUUUCUCCAAGAAUUUGAAAAUUUCGCUAAAAAAUCUACUAAUUUUCUACCUGCUGAUUUAGAAAAAUACGAGGAGGAAAGUGAAUUUUUCAACCCAUAUGUGGUUAGUUCUGAAGAAAAAGAGGUUAAGGAGGCCCAAACAGCAGUUCGGAAAACCGAAAAAUUAUUUCAAGAAAAAAAAUACGAAACUGUGGCCGAAAUG